AAUGAAUGCUUCUACAAACAAAAAGGAUUUUAAAGAUUGGGGUGACUUCGAUCGAAGUAUUAAAUAUUUGGAUGAUAAAUAUUUAAAAGGAAAAAAACCUCAGAUUUACAAGAAAUCAGGAAAAAAAAAUUACAAAAUGUCUGAACCCGUCGUUCCACCUGUUAUUCCAGAAGAAGAUGAUAGACUUCCAGGCAAAGCUAAUACUUUUGACACAAUCAUGGAUAAUUUUUGGGGUUUGAUUAACGGACAUAAAUUUCAACAAGAAACUGAUACUCACACUCUCAAUCUUGUUAAAGAAAUAUGA